AUGACAUCCUACGUCGAAGGAUCCCCGGUUAAGGCACUUAUUGUUGAGGAUUCGGCUGUUGAGACCAUGAUUCUCUCCGCCAUGCUGCGUAAAUUCCACUGCGAGAUUACUACGGCUAAGAAUGGGAAAGAAGCAGUGCAAAUGUUCCUCGAGGGGAAGAAGUUUGACAUUAUUUUUUGUGACAAGGACAUGCCCGUAAUGUCCGGGCCUGAGGCAAUUGAGAAGAUCCGUGCUUUGGGAGAAAUUCAUGUGAAGAUUGUUGGAGUAUCAGUUGGCGAUAAUGCCCAAGAGGCGUUCAUGAGGGUCGGCGCUGAUGAAUUUCUACCCAAACCAAUGGAGCUUGAUGUUGUCGGGGCUAUAAUUCAAGAGAUCAUCAAGAAGAAGAAGAAUAACGACAUUGUCUAAGCCUAGCCAAGUGUCCUACAUAAAUAGAGGGAAUAAUAUGUUGAGCUCAUAUAUGUAUGAGCAUGCCUGUAUUGUCGUAUUUCUCUAGUUUU